AUGAGUGACUGCGACAGUUUCAUCUCCAUCGACAACAACAACAACGAUGAGACAGCUGCAAGCGAAGGGAAGCAACUGAUGAACCUAGACAAAUUUUUGGACUACGACAUGGACUUUAUAAGUGAGGUGGACAGGUACAAGUAUGUAGGAGCGGAUAUAACACAAAGGAAUGAUUACUUCCAUAUUAAAAAUGAGGAGGUGGCAUUUCUCCAUACAGAUCAUGUGAAAUACAGCAACGUCGCUCUAGGGAAUAGGAAAAAGGAACAAGUGAACACUUUCAUGAAAAUAAAAAAAGAAUUGUAUACCAUAGCAUAUAAGAAUUAUAAGUACCAAAUGGGAAAUUCGGUGAGCACGGAAAAAAAGAGCGCGGAGGAGGAGGUUUGUAGUACAGGGGAGACAUCCCCGUGGGGCAGCGUUAUGGAGGGAAUAGUUUCUUUGCCCAGUUAUGGCAGCACAAAGGGGAAUGAAAAAGGGAACAACGCGUACGACCUGCUGAACAAUGAAUUAGGAGCUGUGCUGGGGAACAAAAUAGAAGACACGUAUAAUGAAAUAAAAAGUAGCGUCAACUGGUUGGGCAAUUUCUUCUCCAACAAUGAACAAAAUGAUGAAAAAAAAAAAAUAAAUAUUUUUUACAGUGAUUUAUACUUCCUUAGUGAUAUCACCAUUUUGCGCUUUCUAGACACGUACGAUUAUAAUUUGCUAAAAACUUCGAAUAAAAUUAUAAAAUUUAUUUUGUGGAGACAAAUGACCAUUUCGAUUUUUAACACAAGCCAGGGGAAGAUAAAGAGGGGCUCAAGCUCGAUGCACGACGAGGCCAUGGCCACUGCAACAGAGACGGCCGCAGUGGCCAAGUGCAACACCAAUGCAUUCAGCACCACGGGAAACCGAGACAACACCUUCAUCAACCCUGUGCACAUUAAGGACAUUUUAAUGAAGACCAACAUCUUCAGGUGCGGAAGUGACAAAAAAUCGAGGCCCAUGCUUUAUAUAAAAAUACAGGAAAAAUUAAACAUGGAAGAAGACGAACUGUUCUUGCUGCUCGUUUAUCAUGUCGACAUGUGCAUGAACAGUAUUGAUUAUUCAAAAUGUUAUGAGGAAAAGGGAAAAGCAAAUGGUGGGGAGAGCAACACGGAGGGGAAAACCCAAUUCGACGAGUCCACUUUGCAGCUAGUAAUCAUUGUGGACUGCCAAAAAUUUGAAUUAAAUAAUAUGAUCAGCGUGGAUUGCAUUAAAAAAAUUAUUAACAUUUUUAACGAAUUUUACACGGAUGUUCUGUACAGAAUUUAUAUUAUAAAUGUCCCCACCUUUUUUAAAAAAGUUUGGUCCCUUUUUAAUAUGUUUAUCGAUAAUCACACAUUGAAGAAAAUUAUUUUUAUAAAUAAAAAAAACAUCAACUUGAUGUACGACCAUAUUGAUGCACACGUCAUGAAGCAUUUUGAUAAGAAUGCCGACAAAGACAAAACCAUUCCGGACGACUCCUCCAUUUUCUUCCCCUCCUUGUCUCUGUACUACAAGUACGACGAAAUGUAUUAUAAGAAGCUCGUUGGUUAUGUAGACACCUGGGUGGUUAAGAUGGUCCAGGCGAACCAUUGA